AUGUCAAAUACAAAACAAGAAUUACACUAUUAUGGACUAGAAUUAACAGAAGAGGAAAUACAAACAGUUUUUCAAGAUGUCACUUUGUUUUCUGAAGAUAUUAAGGAAGAGAGCAUAGAUGAUUUGGACGAACCUGAUAAUUUUGAUGAUUCUGAAGUUAAAUAUCAAAAUUUGAAAAUAAAAGAUUUGAUAAUGCUAAAUAAUUUCAAUACAGAAGUAUGCUUCUGCCCAAUUAAGGCAUCUGUCUGCCUAGCCAAUAUUAAUGGCUGCCUAUUAGGACCUAACCAGCUUGGUUUUGGGGUAUUGUCAACUUGA